AUGAAGCUCGUCACUGUCGCGACCUGCCAGCUCAGGCAGUGGGCCCUCGACUUUAAGGGCAACUAUGAGCGUAUCCUCGCGUCUAUCGCAAUCGCCAAAUCAAAGGGCGCGACGCUGCGUGUCGGUCCCGAGCUCGAGAUUCCCGGCUAUGGCUGUCUCGACCACUUUCUCGAGGGCGAUGUAGUCCUCCACUCGUGGGAGAUCCUCGCCCAGAUCCUGAAGAGCGAGGAGGCCCAAGGCAUCGUGUGUGACAUUGGCAUGCCCAUCGUGCACAAGAACGCCAACUACAACUGCCGUGUUAUCAUCUACAACGGCAAGAUUGUGCUCAUCAGGCCCAAGAUGUGGAUGGCCAACGACGGCAACUACCGUGAACUGCGCCACUUUACUCCUUGGGACAAGCACCGUACUACCGAGGAGCACUCGCUCCCCGAUAUCAUCUCGAACGUUACCGGACAGCACUAUGUUCCCUUUGGCGACGCCGUGGUGACCACGCGCGACACCUGUAUCGGCGUCGAGCUCUGCGAGGAGCUCUUCACCCCCAACUCACCCCACAUUGGCAUGGGCCUCGACGGUGUGGAGAUCUUCACCAACUCGUCGGCGAGCCACCACGAGCUGCGCAAGCUCAACCGCCGCGUAGAGCUCAUCAAGGAGGCCACCAUGAAGCUCGGUGGCGUCUACCUUUAUGCCAACCAGCAGGGCUGUGACGGUGACCGCCUGUACUAUGACGGCGCGUGCAUGAUUGCCAUGAACGGCCAGAUCCUCGCGCGCGGAACCCAAUUCUCGCUCAACGACGUCGAGGUCGUCACUGCCACUGUGGACCUCGAGGCCGUGCGCGCCCACCGCAAGAGCUCGAGCCGUAGCCACCAGGCCGCGCAGAGCCCACCGUACGAGCGUCUCCGUAUUGACAUGCGUCUCGACGGCGGUCUCGGCAUCCGCGUUGGCGAGGACGAGACCUCGGAGAAGGGCAUGACUUACCACACCCCCGAGGAGGAGAUUGCUCUGGGCCCAGCCUGUUGGCUCUGGGACUACCUCCGCCGCUCGCGCACCCAGGGCUACUUCCUCCCCCUGUCUGGUGGUAUCGACUCGUGCGCUACUGCCGCUAUUGUUCACUCGAUGUGCCGUCUUGUUGCCAAGGCUGCCUCGGAGGGAAACAAACAGGUUAUCGACGACGCGCGCCGCAUGACUGGCGAGCCCGACGACUCGUCCUACCUCCCGACCGACCCCAGGGAAUUUGCAAACCGCAUCUUCCACACUUGUUACAUGGGCACUGAGAACUCGUCCGCCGAGACGCGCAAGCGCGCCAAGGACCUCGCCGAGGCCAUUGGCGCGUACCACGUCGACUUGAACAUGGACACUGCCGUCAGCGCCGUCAAGGGCAUCUUUUCGUUCAUCACAGGCCGUACCCCGCAGUUCAAGGUCCACGGCGGCUCCAAUGCCGAAAACCUCGCCCUGCAAAACAUCCAGGCGCGUCUGCGCAUGGUCGUCGGAUACAUGUUUGCCCAGCUCCUCCCCUGGGCGCGCGGCAAGACUGGCGGUCUCCUUGUUCUUGGCAGUGCCAACGUCGACGAGAGUCUGCGUGGUUACCUGACCAAGUAUGACUGCUCAUCUGCCGACGUCAACCCCAUCGGCGGCAUCUCCAAGACCGAUCUCAAGCGCUUCAUCGCGUACGCCGAGGUCGAGUUUGACAUGCCGAUCCUGAGGAGCUUCCUCGACGCCGUCCCGUCGGCCGAGCUCAUCCCCAUUGAAAACGACAGCGUGCAGUCUGACGAGGUCGAGAUGGGCAUGACGUACGACGAGCUCAGCGUAUUUGGCCGCCUCCGCAAGGUCGACAAGUGCGGUCCUUUCAGCAUGUAUGAGAACCUCGUGCAGAAGUGGGGCACGUUCCUCUCCCCGACCGAGAUUGCCGAAAAGGUCAAGUUCUUCUGGUUCAUGCACGCCAUCAACCGCCACAAGAUGACCACCCUCACGCCCUCGGUGCACAUGGAGAGCUAUUCGCCCGACGACAACCGCUUUGACCUCCGCCCGUUCCUCUACCCGUCGCGCUUUGAGCACCAGUUCGCCAAGAUUGACGGCCUGGCUGCGCAGCUCCCGGACCGCGCGGCCAAGGGCGACAAGGCCAAGGUCGAUUAG